AUGAAUAUGAAUGAAUGGUGUGAAUUCGUGCUUCCUAAUGAUCUUGGUGGUAUCUCCUCGUUUGGUAACAUUUGCGAACUGAUUGCCAAUAAACAGACCAUGUUGUCUUACGUGGUUUCUCAACUCCCGACCGAGGUUGCCGCGGAGGUUAUUGACCUGAUUGAUCCUAUGCCGGCGUCAAAUCCUUAUACCACACUAGAAGCAGCGAUUAUUAAACGGACAGCCACCUCGGACGAAGCGAAUCCUCAAAAGUUGCUUGCAGGGGUCGAACUGGGUGAUCGCACACCUUCGCAACUGCCACGGCACAUGCAAAGCAUUGCAUGCGGGAAGUCUUUUGACGAGGCCAUUUUAAAGCAGUUGCACUGCCAAAUUCUGGCUACUCAGUCAGAUGUCCCUCUGUCGUCACUCGCUGAGACGGCAGAUAAGAUCCACGAAUGCGUCGCCGACCGUUUGAUAGCCCCAACAUCACAAAAACCCAUUCAGCGUAACGACAACCCUGUUAUGGCACGCCUCGAUCGAAUGCAGGCGCAAAUCGAUCAACUGGUGGCCACGGUAAACAAGGUAGUCACCACAGCGGCGCGGACUAACACGUCACGCAAGUCCCGUCCGGUUUCACGUAAACCGGCCUCUCCAUCUCGGAAUCCCAACCGAUUUUGCCAUUACCACACGAAAUUCAAAGGCAAGGCUCUACGUUGCACACCGCCAUGUGCUUACGUCUCCCAUGACCAGGGAAACUUACUGGCCAGUCAGUAG